GCUCACAUCAGAGCUCAGUGUGCUGGGCUUUGACAGGAUCUCCUCGCUCUGCACACACACAGUUUGUCAGAUUUAUUCCACACGUGGAGCUAUGGGACACGCAUGGAUAUGUUAGACACCAUCAUACACGUCCCAGGCAUUGUGGGUUUUAUCAAAUGGACCUCAGAUCAGGACGAGGUGUUUGGAUCCUCCAUGUGCUUUGGAUACCGAGGAUGUGCAUGUGAAGGUGAACGGACUGGGUCAUGGAGCCUGAGGUGAACUGCAGCUCUCACUGUGAUUCUGCGCUCUGCCUCGUGCACUCAGGGGACAACCAGCAGGAGAUUCUCCACAUACUGCACAGACUAUGUAACCUCAGCAUGAUGGCCGUGGAGCUGCCGCGGCGCUCUCUGUCCCCAGUGCUCAGUGCUGUGGUGUGGACGCUGUUGUCUUGCGGCAUUCUUCUGGCAUUCUGCUUCCUCCUCUUCACACUUUGCUUCAAAAACAACAGGAUGGUGAAGAUGUCCAGCCCCAACCUGAAUGUUCUGACCCUCUUUGGAAGCAUCCUCACCUACAGCAGCGGCUUCCUGUUUGCCGUCGAUGAUCGAACGCGCUCACAAAGUGGAGCAGCCACAGCUGUGCUACAAGCUCGAGUGUGGACUCUUUGCGUGGGCACCACUCUGGUGUUUGGCCCGAUUUUGGUGAAGACGUGGAGACUGUACAGAGUGUUUACGCAGCGUGUGCCUGGAAAAAGAGUGAUCAUCCCAGACAUCCAGCUGAUGGGUAUGGUGGCUCUGCUGAUCCUGUUGGACAUGCUGGUUCUCACUGCCUGGAACCUGACCGACCCCAUUAGGUGUUCACGAUCAGUUGGGGCUGUAGUCAAGGUGUUGGAGAAAGACGUGUUCUACUCUUUGUCACAGCUGGACUCCUGUUCCUCUGUGUAUUCGGACCUGUGGAUCAUCAUUAUCACUGUGUUGAAAGGUUGUCUUCUCCUUUAUGGAACCUACCUGGCUGGGUUGACUAGCAACGUCAGCCACCCUCCAGUCAACCAGUCACCAACCAUCAUCACAGCAGUCAGUUUGGUCGCCUUGUCCUCAGCCGUGGCGGUCCCUGUGUCCAUCUUUCUGCAGGCCUGGCCCAAUCUGGUCUACAGCACCGUGGCUGGAGCCAUCUUCAUCUGCACACUGGCUACCAACUGUAUGAUAUUUGUGCCUCAGCUGCUCCAGUGUCGCCAGUUUGAGGAGGAUCAGAGCAAUCCCAGUCAGAUGGCGAAGUAUUUCAGCAGUCCGAGUAAGAGCCAGGCCUCAGUGUACAGCCAGGAAGAAAUCUACUACCUGCUGGGAGAAAACAACUCCAUGAAGAAGCUCCUUAACGAGAAGAAUGCUGUGAUUGACAGUCUGCAAGAACAGGUGAACAAUGCCAAAGACAAACUACUACGCCUCAUGUCAUCCAGUGAGCCCAAUGUGGAUCAGGAGAUGGACUCCUCCGCUACCAACAUCAACUCCUCCUCCACUCAGACCACAGAGCUUCAGGCUGAAGGACUUCCAUCUAGUCUGGCUCAGAGAGAUGUCAAACCCAGAAAGUCAAGAUCUCACCUCUCUCUUUCACCAAUGUCAUCUAAUGUUCUAUCACCUUCUGAGCCUCCUUCUCCUCUUCCAACCUUCACCAACCCUGCUGCUGCUUUGUCUCCUCUCCCCGAGGAUGAACACAUGGAUCUGACUGAGAUGCGCAUCUCCAGAACCCACCCUACAGAAGCUGAGCCAUCAGAGUCUAUAACAGAGGAGGACCUAAAAGACUCAGUGUCCCUCCAGUCAUCUGGCUUAACGAGACCUACCCCAAAUGUAUCUCCAACUAACUUCAUCACCUCGUUACAUUCCUUUAAAGGAUCAAAACCUUGUGAAGUUGAAGCUUUAGGCAGUCCGAGUAGCAUCGUGACCCAGAUCAGACCAAAUGCCAGACUGACUGGAUUUGUUAGCAGCGAGCAAUUGCAGGAGAUUUUGCAGGAGCUGAGCGUGGAUGCCAUUUUAGAAAGAAUGCUCCGCUCUCCGACCCAGGCUUCAUGGACGCCUUCUCAACUAAACUCUACUCAAAUCCCCCUACCCACCCCGCACACACCUCGGACCCGUCUUCCAACUACUCAAGACCAUUAUCCCAGCAUCUCCCCCUACGCAAUGAGGAAGCGCCGACCGCCCUUCCACUCCUCAAGAACAGGAGUUUCACCUCCUUGUUUCUACCUAGGGGUAGAUCUUCCAGAUCCUGGGAAGAUGAGGAAUGUCUGUGAAGCCCAACAAUCAGGCAGGCCCACCUGGAAAACAUCUCCUCCCUCUGAGGGAGAUUGUGGGGAUGAUAUGCCACAGCAGCUACUAACCGGUGACCUCGAAGUAGAACAGGAGAACGAAGAAGUAGAAGAAGGACAAAGACAUCGAGUGAGGAGAAAGUGCGCGAGGUCUCACAGGUGUUCCGUCCCACUACAUGCAGAACAUGGUCCCACAAGUCCAAUGGGUAUGGAAGUGGGUGUUGAGAAUAGGCGGCUUAGAAGACACCACAGAGACUCCUGUGGGUACUGGGACUCAGACUCCAGCAGCUCAACGGACUAUUGUUACUACCAUCGUCCUUACUGUGACUCCUGCCUGCAGGGGGGCCUCCUUCUGUCCACAGACUCCUCCUCAGACUCCUCGGACAGCGAGUAUGAUGGCUACACCGGUGGCUUCCAUGGCUCCCAGCACCCUGUUGUAUUCAAAGAUGACCUCAAACCCACAUUUGUAUGAACGUGCCUUUACUGCACUUUACAAGUGUCUUCACAAACACAACCGGUCUACACUACCUGUGAGACAUUAGGACACUGGGCAAGUGAGCAUUGAGGAUAACGUAGACAUGUUUCAUUCAUCAUAAAGCAAAUGUUGAUGGCAUGAUGGUGCUGGUGUCUACGUAGAUUCCCUGUGAAUACUCUGGCUUCCAGCUAGAGUCCAAAAACUGUUGGCUAGGUGUGAAUGUAAGAGUGGAUCUUGUGUGUUUUAACACUGUGAUGGACGUCCCCAGUCUGUUCUGCAAACGUAUCCUGAGAAAGGCUUCACAACAAUCAUGACCAUCAGAAUUAGCGAUGGAUGAACGGACUGGAAAAAAAAAUUGUUAAUUUAAAAUAAAUCUG